CUAGGUUGAUCUAAUGACCAUCGCGACGUUAGAGACAUCUCUGAUCUGCGCUGCCUCAUGAAGCAGACUAUGACCAUAUGACUAUGAUGUGAGCCGCUCCCGCAUCAUGCCAGCAUGCAAGCAUCUCAACGGCGGCGAGACGGGUGCACAGAGUGCAGGCGGAAAAAAGUUAAAUGCGAUUUGCUAAAGCCUACCUGCACUCGGUGUCAAAGAUACCCCAAGGGCUGCGUAUACAAUCUGAGUGUUGUGGACCAGAUUUCAAGAUCUCGUCCAAGCAGACAGCAGCGCCAUGCAUCUCCCUCAGAAGUCGCGAUUGUGAUGCAGAACCGAUCGAUUGUCAUCAAGAGCUUGGAGGCGAUAGCCAACCAGCCUCUACUGAAUCUCUCGCCAGUGCUGUCAACCGAAGAAUCUAGACUCUUCCUGCACGUCUUCGCUACCGAGACAGCACCCAGGCUUUUCCCUGCAGCGCCCGACUGGUUCCUACAGCGAAUGAUCAGUGCAUCCCUGGAAACACCCCAUCUUUUGUACUCGCUACUAGCAGCAGCAUGCAGCCAUCACGGUCGGCUUGUGCAGGAUGCGGGCUCGUCGUCCCAGCUAGCGUGUCUCAAAUUCACCAAUCUUGCAAUGUCUAACCUGCGCUCGACGAUCAAUGGCUCGGCGCGGAGACUGCCUCCUGAGACAGUGGCUACAGCACUGGCAUUAUGCACGAACGACGUGUGCAAUGGCAAUAUGCACAUCUGGAGGACUCACCUUAGCGGAGUCAGACAGCUCUUAAAUGCUUUCUUGGCGCAGGACAAGCCCUGCUGGUUCCAGGAUCCGUACAUUCAGUCCUUAAUUAAAUGGUUCACUACCCUUGAUCUCAUAGCGAGCUUAUCGGGGCAGAGCCAUACAGAGUUUAUCUUCGAGGCCGUAAACGAGCCACUCAAGGAGUUCUUCAGUCAAAGCCCUGCCUACAUCGACGAUGUCUGCGGUUAUUCGUUGGAACUAGUCCCUUGCCUCAGGCAUUUAUCCCACCUCAUUCACCAACAAGGUAUGACUGCAUGUGUGGUGGAGUCAUGUUCCACAGACGAAGUCUCGCAGGAUGCAAUGAUCUUGCACCAAUCGCACCCCCUCGAGAACGAACUUGUCCGACUGCUUGACAGCGCGGUCUCCGACAUGACCAGAAAGAGCAAAGCAGAACUUGCCUCCGAGUUACAACAUACACAUCGCGCCUUUGUUUACUCCGCUCUACUGCACCUCCACCGUCGUGUCCAUAAGCUCUCGUUGGGUCACCCCAAGGUUAGAGCUGCUGUCGCAGGCAUUAUACAUGCCGUGCAGCGCAUUCGGCCAUUCUCGGCGGCAAAUAUACUCAUUCUCUGGCCUAUCUUUAGUGCGGGCUGUGAGACUGCACUUCCCAGUGAGCGUGGCAUCAUUCAAGCCAGAAUGGUUAACAUGCAGAGUCUGGGGAUGGGCAACUUCACUAGAGCUCGCGAGUUGUUGAACGUCUUCUGGGCAUCGGGAACUAGUCUGCCAUGGGAUGCAUUUUUUGCACAGCUUGGGUUGGAGCUAGUCCUUUUCUAGUGGAUUGUUUGUCCAUUGACAGGCAUUCAAGACCGGGAUUUGUGGGAUGUUGCUGUCUCAUCCCCUGGGCUUGACGGCAAACUCGAUUGUCCGAACGAUAUGGCCACAUGAAG